AUGGCGACGCCCAGUGAGCUGUCUCUCGAGGAGAUUCGCAAGUAUUUAUUGGAAAACGGUGGUACGGCUCGCAAUCACGACGUGGUGAAGCACUUCAAGAGAUUCCUAACGGAUCCGGAAACACGAGUCGAGGCACGAAAUCGGUUCAAGGAGUACGUAAACACCCUGGCUGCUAUAAAGAACGAAGAGGGAGAAAAAUAUUUGGUUCUGAAGAAGAAGUAUCGUCAAAACCUCGUGGAACUGUCGACUCCGGAGCAGUGCUCGUCACCGAUCGGCACUCCCGACAUAUCUACCCCGGUUUCUCCUUUACGAGUUCCACCACCUUACCGACCACCGCCUCCCGCGCCCCUCAGCCCGCCGGCGAAUAACACAAACACUCACCGCGAGGAGUCGUGUUCGAAUUUCGUCCGCGAGGAGGCCGCUAUCAAUGCGCGGAAAAAUGGCGUUGAUCGUGUCGAGACCGGAUUUUCAACGUCGUCUCCUCCUGUACCGCCACGCCGUAAAAGUCAAGAUAAGAUCAAGAUCGAGAAUAAGGAGAACGUGGACAGGAAUAGGGGAGGAUCGGAGGCAGUUAUCAAGGAAGAUGAGGCUGUCGCGACGAAUCCGGGCUCAACCGAGCAAUUAAGCUUCCGCGAGCGGAUGCAACGUUUCAACCGGAUGGCUAGCGAAACCGAUCUCCAAGGCAGGCCUAACGGCACUAUCACACCUACUAAAAAGCGAUCUGACAAGGGCGCCGACGAGGAUGACAGCGCUUCCGUUGCCUCGCAACUGGACGGGAAGUCACGGGAGUGGUUGGUGAGAGCUGCGCAAGGGGAUUAUCAGGCAUUGGCGAAACUGGCCGCGGAAGAACCUCGCCUCACCCGGCUCAAGGAUCCAACGUCGGGCACGGCGUUGCACUGGGCGGCCAAGCACGGCGACGAGAACAUCGUGAAGCUCAUCGCGGGCAAAUACAAGAAUUACAUCAAGAGCAUCAACGAGACUUCGAACGGGGGAUACACGCCGCUGCACAUCGCCAUGCAGUUCGAUCACGAGAAUAUCUUCAAUCUGUUGGUCCAGGUGUACGGUGCGAAUCAAGAGGUGCGGGAUUAUAGCGGGAAGAAGGCCAGACAAUACUUGGUCUCCCAGGAGGCGGCCGUCAGUCAGGACACCUUCCGCAAAAUAAAAGCAAGGAAAAAGCAUGCAGAGAAAGAUCUUGGUUUCCUGCGUAUUGGCUCGCUGAACGUACGCGUGAAACGUACGACGGAAGCGUUCAGCCAGUUCCUGGGUGUGGCAACUAGCAGCGCCAGCAGCAACCACGAGAAGAUACACAAGAGCUGGGGAUCGGCGGAUAAUGUGCAGUUGGAGCAGAAGAUGAUGCCACCGCCAAAGUACGCGCCUAUCAAGAAGAGGAGGAGUCGACGAGCACAGGAUUUCGGUUCGUCGCGGGAUCACCAGGCAGCCAGUCAGCCAAACACUCCGCUCCUUCAGGGCAAGGUCUCCCGGUCGAGUCAGUCGAUGCAUCGCCGACCGACCUCCACGACAGCCGUCAGUUCCGCCGCGCCCAAGAUGCAGCAAAGCAACGAUUCGGACUCGGACACCGCGUGUGGCUUCGAUUCCGCGUGGAGAGGAUCCGCACAGCUUUAGAACAGUCCGUGCGUUUAACGUCGCGAAAAAUUGAGGCUCUACUGAAUCACCGUGUACCUUGCCCUCUGGUCUUUUUAAAUAACGAUUUUUAAAUCUCUUUUUUCGAUUUCAUCGAAUUGAUGUAAUAUAUUUAAAAAAAAAAGACUGAAAGCAGAUUGUUGGGAUAGCGUGACGAUAAUUGGGUAUCAAGCGAGCUUAAAGUACGUCACUUUUAUAAGUUAUAAAACAGUCUUGCGGAGACAAAUUUGAAAAAUGUUUAAAAUCCGAAAUACGAAUUUCUUCGAAGAUUAAUUACCCUUAUAAUUGACUGAUUAAAACCACAGUAAUUUUAAAGGAAUUCGUUUUCGUACAGAGUUUGCACAAUUAUUUUUUGAUGACAUUUUCUUCUGUUGUGAAAGGCAAUAUUCUUUACUAUUAUUAUUAUUAUUAUUAUUAUUAUUAUUAUUAUUAUUAUUAUUAUUGUAGUUUUUGUAAGUGCCUUAAUUUAACAGUUGAAAGCAAUUUUAGAUUGACCGAUUUCAUAUUUUACACAAACACCAAAUAUAUAUUCUAUUGUAAGCAUAAAAACGAGAUCGCGAUUCUUGUAUACAGGGUGUACUGCGCACAAUUUUUUGUAAGAUACAUUUAUCACCUAAGAAUGUGAAUACAAUCAAUGUACCUAAAUAGCGGAUA